UUAUAUAAAAGAACUGCGAUUUCGCAACCAUUCCGACUUGGAGUCUCGUUGCGAUCCCGCCUGGGAGUGCGUGAGAGCUAAGUGAAUUCGCGCGCGAAAAGUGAAAUAGAUCGUUUUUGUUUUUUUUUUAUAAAUAGCAAGAUGGCUGUCACCAGUGCCAGGAAUAUGCUGAAUAUGAAGGAGCGGCAUUUCGAACAUGAAAGCCGGAUUGAAAAAUAUACGUUAGCUGACAAUUUGCCAAAACAGCUCUCUGAGUUGACCAUUCGGCCCCGGGCGAUUCCACAUGCUUACACCCUGCAGAAACUGACGCCAAAGGAUAAGGAAUCUGUAAUAGAUUUUCUUAGAAGAUUCUUCUUCCUCGACGAACCUUUGAACCAAACAAUCAACCUAUUGGAAACACCUGAAUCCCGUUGCUUCGAACUAGAAGAAUAUGCUUCUAGUUCACUUGCUGACGAUGCUUCCAUAGCAGCCGUCGACGAGAACGGCGACUACGUAGGAAUUGUCUUAAACGGAGUUGUGAGACGAGAGGAAGUAGACUACACGGAUAAAUCAGACGAUUGCGCCCACCCGAAGUUCAAGAGAAUUCUCAAACUCUUGGGACACUUGGACCGCGAAGCCAAGAUCUGGGACAAGCUGGACCCGAGCUGCCAUACUGUCGUGGAAGUCAGAAUAGCUUCUACUCACACCGGCUGGCGGGGACGGGGGCUCAUGAGGGUGCUAUGUGAGGAAACUGAACGUAUCGCAAGAGAAAUCGGCGCAGGCGCUCUCCGGAUGGACACAACUUCCGCCUUCUCUGCCCUGGCGGCUGAGCGUCUCAAAUACAAGAAGGUCUACGGCCUCUUCUACGCAGAUCUGCCGUACGCACCACACCCCGACCCGCCGCAUCUUGAAGCUAGUGUGUACCUGAAAGAAUUGAACUAGGAACCUAUAUAAAAUAAAAGCUACUAAGCUAAGUCCGUAUUGCACGCCGAAAAUUGCAAAACAUUUUUUUUUAUAUUUUUACGUUUCGUAACGAUUCUGAUACAAACCGCUGACUAAGGUGUGGAACGUCCUUCCGUUGUCUGUGUUUCCUGCCAUAUAUAACUUGAGCACCUUCAAGGCAAGGCAAGAAACCAUCUUCUAGGCAAGCGUGGCUCAACCUACCACAUAAUGUUUUAGUCAAGCGACCAGCUUCGUUGAAAUUUUAAAUUUUAAAAAGUAUGUAAAUUAUGUAUGGUUUAGAAGACAUAUUGGAAGCAAUCCAGAGAAAAACAGAUGGAUACUCUACGACUAAGAAUACGCCGAGUUGUAAGUAACUAAAGUCACCGGCAGCUUAAGAUGGCAUCUCUUUGUUUGUACUUCAAGCUGCGGGCGUGAGUCAAGGCCACGUUACUUUAGGCCGCAGUAUCUAGACCAACUAAUUGUAUUCGGCGAGCGGCUUUCAUGUAAAGAGUUGAAAGGAGCUUGAAAGAAUGGUUACAAAAAUCAAACCUACCUGUGAUAGGUACAUUUAAAAUUAAUUUAAAUUACCAAAACUAUUUUAUUGUAACUAAAUUCAGAGCUGCUAACAGCUGCUAGGUUUCAGGCUAAAACUUAAAAAAAAAAAUAAUUUUCGACUAUGAUUUGGAGGGUGUUAGUUUUAUUUUUAGGCACCCCUUUUUCCUAAUAUCGAGAAAAGUAUAAUUACAUUAUUAAAUCAACUACCUGAACCUUAUGUUUAACUGUUCAUGUAAAACCCACUACUUCCUAAAUAAGCGUGAAGGAAAUUUGUGAAGUUACGCCUUAAAAAAAUUAAUAGCAAAACCAAAUACUUGUGAUAUUGAUAUUGUAAACGCAGCUGAUUAUUUCUGGCACACGCUUCUAGAAGCAGGUAAAACGCGCGAGUCAAUAAAAAUACUGGGAGUCUAAAAAUAUGUUUAAAAAUUAUAGCUAGACCUUACAUAAUAUGACUUUGACUAGCGUUGACAUUGUGUGACAUGACAUUAUAUGCGUGUGAGUAAGAAAAACUUAUAUUUAAGUAAAUAUCCUUAUUAUAUAGUUAUAGUGAUUGAUAUUAUAAUAUCUUAAAUAACAGUUACCUAUCGUCAAUUUAAUGUGACUGCAGUCAAAAUCAAUGUGAUUAUCAUGAUAUAAUUAUAGUAAGUUGUAACAUAUCUAUCCUGUGAAA